AUGCUUUCAAGAGAUCAGUCAGCUGAACUAUUUGCAGAGCAGCUUUUGAAACUUGGUGAAGGGAGAGUUCCAACUGAUGGAGAACAGUUUCUUACAGUCAAUGCAAUAUAUAAUUCAAUUGAUUCCGUUGAUAAUUUGAUGCAUGAAACCUGUCCUAAUCUUCUUCAUAAUUACAUCAAUACAGAUUACAUCAGUGACAGAGCUAUCCUGGUUCCAGAAAAUGUUCCUCUACAUACCAUUAAUGAUAUGCUAUUGAAUAAAAAUCCAGAAAUCUUCACUUAUAAUGCAGUUGACAGUAUUGUUGAUGAUCAGGAUAGUGUCAACUACCCCAUCGAAUUCUUUAACUCACUACAACCAUCAGAUACAGCUCCUCAUUAUCUUCAUAUGAAAAAAGGGACUCCUAUUAUGCUAUUACAUAUUUUGUCUCAACCAAAAUUAUGCAAUGGUACAAGAUUAAUUGUACAAGAACUUCAUUGA